AUGGUCUUCGACAUUUCAAAACUGCAGAGCAGCGUGGUGGAGACCCUCAACAGCGGCCACCUGGAGUCCAUCAAGACCCUGAGGGAGACGCUCAUGGCCAAUGAGUGGGAGCUCAACGCAAAGAGGCUCGCCAUGCACAAGGGUGUCGCCAACUUUGAGAACUACUGCGCCGUCAACGACCUGCCUCACGUUGACUACGAGGCCAUUACUCAGCUGUACCAGGACCCGACAGACCUGUCAGUCAUCAAGGACAAGCGGCUCAAGCUGAUGGCGCGCUCCAUGAUUGAGCAGGUGGUGAGUGACCGCUACGUGGAGCUCUACGCGCAAUGCACCGCCCAGGCUAAAGAGCUCGCCGACAUGAGCCUGACCGACAAGCUGCCAAUCCCAGUGCCGGGCGCCGGGGCCGUGUCUGGCGUGGCGGGCGUCGUCAAGAGCAUCGCCGGCGGCCUGAUGAAAAAGUAG